AUGUUUCCACCAAUGGCUACGCUCCUCAAAUUGUUAUUCCUUUGUGCGUUGGCGCAUAGCUCCAAUGCGUUGGCUGUGCCAGACAACAAUGCUCGCAAGCAUCUUCAAGUAGCUUCAACAGCACCACCAACGACGCAGCAGCUCUUCAAGCAAUCGCCACCGUAUUUGCUGGUGCGCGGCGAUGCCACAUUUGCGCCGACAGACUCCGCGCCCGAUUUGCUGGAUGCAAUAGACUCAGCUGAAAAACGCAACUUCGAUGUGGCCGCGCAAAUGUUGAUGAAAAUGUAUAACGAACAUCUGAGUGCCACUCGUGGUGAGAGCGAUGUGGCGAGUGAGAAAGAGGAAUGCAGCAACCCAUCGCAUAAAGCCGCCUUCUCCGCUUAUGAUUACACGAUACUGCUCUCCAUGCUAAUCAUAUCGCUGGGCAUUGGCGUAUUUUAUGGUUUCUUCCACAAAUCGGGCAGCUCAUCAGAAGAUUUCCUACUAGGCUCGGGCAUGUCCAUUUUUCCGGUAACGCUAAGUUUGACAACGAGCUUUAUUACGGCCAUUGAAUUGCUGGGAAAUCCAUCGGAGAUGUACCUGCAGGGCACACAAUUCGUGCUAAUUGUGAUUCCAAUGGUUAUGGUUAUACCCGUUGCCGUUAAAAUAUUCUACCCGAUAUAUUUCAAAAUGGAAUUGACGAGCUGUUAUGAAUACCUUGGAAUACGCUUCGGCAAGGAGAUACGGAUUCUAGGCGCGGUUUUGUAUGUUAUACAGAUGUGCUUCUACACAGCAGUGGCUGUGCUGGCGCCAGCGAUCGCUCUCUCUAAAGCCACGGGCUUGAAUACGAAAGUUGCUGUGAUUUUGAUUUAUUUAGUUUGUGUUUUCUACUCCUCUCAGGGCGGCAUGAAAGCAGUGGUUAUUGCGGACACCUUUCAGGCUGCCGUUUUAGCUCUAUCCUUGGUGCUAGUCAUUGCGCUGGGCAGCUUCUAUAGCGGCAAUGCCGUAGAGAUAUUCAGCACGGCGGCCGAUCGUCAUCGGCUGGAGUUCUUCAAUUUUGAUUUAGAUCCUACCACACGUCACACAGUAUGGUCCGUGGUAAUCGGUGGUUUCUUCUACUGGACCUCAUUGUUCUGCACCAACCAGGCGUCGGUACAGAAGUGCAUGUCGCUGAAAUCACUGAAAUUGGCCAAGGUGGCUUUGGGUUUCGCGAUACUCGGAUUGGUUAUAGUGUUCCUAAUGAACUUCUACACGGGUUUAAUGAUUUUCAAUCACUACGCUGAUUGUGACCCAAUCACAGCUGGACGCAUCACCGCUUCCGAUCAACUGCUGCCCUUCUACAUCAUUAGCACCUACGAACAUGUCUACACGAUCGCUGGCAUUUUUGUGGCGGGUAUCUUCGCUGCCAGUUUGGGAACUGUGGCAUCUGCAUUGAACUCCUUAUCCGCUGUAACUUGCGAGGACUUGCUGGUGAAUGGCAUGAAUAUCAAAAUAACACCAGACAAAGGUGCACUCUAUGCCAAGUGGAUGUCUUUGGGCUACGGCAUAGCAUCCUUUGGCUUGGUGUUCAUUGUGGAGAAGCUGGGGGGUGUGCUACAAGCGACAUUGACCCUGAAUGGUUUGAUUGGCGGUGUGACUUUGGGUCUGUUCGUGCUGGGUAUAGCCUUUAAACGCGCCAAUACCAAAGGUGCCUUCUACGGUGGCUUACUAUCACUAGCCAUUGUGAUAUUUAUCGGGGUUAUGGCGCAAAUUGUCAAUGUGGACCCUGUAGAACUGCCACUAUCGGUGGAAAAUUGUGAUUGCAAACACAACGUGACUAUGGAAGUUUUACCCUCAACAUUUGAGGCUGUAGGAGAAAGUGGCUUCAGUUCGUGGCCGAUAUUCAAGCUGAGCUAUAUGUGGUACUCCACGAUAGGCACGUUGCUCACAAUAUUUUUAGGGCUAGUCAUAUCGCUUAUUGUGUCCGCCGUGCAACGGCAUAAUGUGCUCAAAAUAAGUUCUACGCGCGAGGAGCAGGAACGCAGCAAGCCAGGGGCGUCACCGCAGUUUAGUACUGAGAUCAAAGUGAUGGCUACGUCGGAGCCAGCCUCUAUGGAAAAGGCAGAAGGGCAUGUGAAUCAUGCCAUACGAUUGGACGACGAAUAGAAGUGGCCUGUGGAGGCGUAGAAUUUAACAAAAGCAAAAUGGAGGCUUAACAAGUUGUGAAAAACGAAAAAAAAACUAAAUAAUUAUACAAAAGAUUUUGCCAAGUGGCGUGUUUUUGCUAAGGCCUAUUGCUGUUUUAAAUAAUGUACAAAUUAAUUACUUUAGUGAAACUAAGUACUUGUUAUAAUUAAUAAUACUUUUACCGUUUGAAUGCUUUCAAAUUGUAUCAGUCACGUGCAUGCAUAUGUAAAUUAUUCCAGUCAUUAAUUUAGUAUUUAAGCCUAAUAUAUAUGUAUAUAUAUUGUAUAUAUUUAUAUAUACUUUCUUAUAUUCGUAAGCAAAUUUUGUAAUCCAGUUUUUAAUGCGGAUGUAACUAAGAGAAAAGUGAUAAGCUCAAAUGUAAGAUGCACAAAAGGAAAUACAUACUUA